AUGGAGAAUCAAAAUGCUAUUGAUAAGGUUAACAAUGGUUCAUUACUUCGUAAGAUGAAACCUUACCUUGCUAUAUUGUCUCUUCAAUUUGGUUACUCAGGGAUGUACAUCAUUACUAUGGUUUCUUUCAAACAUGGUAUGAGUCAUUGGAUUCUCUCAGUGUAUCGCCAUGUUGUGGCUGCGAUUAUAAUCAUUCCUUUCGCGCUUGUUCUCGAAAGGAAAAUAAGGCCAAAGAUGACUCUUCCUAUCUUCUUGAGGAUAGUGGCACUUGGUUUCCUUGAGCCUGUACUGGAUCAAAACUUGUACAACAUGGGAAUGAAGAUGACUUCAACAACGUUUGCAUCUGCAGUUGUUAAUGUCCUUCCAGCUCUAACUUUUAUAAUGGCACUCACUUUCAGGUUAGAGUCGGUAAAUUGGAGAAAAUUCCAUAGCGUAGCCAAAGUAAUUGGAACGGUUAUAACCGUUUCAGGAGCUAUGGUUAUGACUUUGUACAAAGGACCUGCCUUUCAGAUCUUAAAAGGAGGAGGAAUCCACCACAACAGCGAUGCUGCUGCUGAUGAACCCUUCAAACAAAAUUGGGUGAUGGGUCCAUUAAUGCUCAUAGCAAGUUGUGCUAGUUGGGCUGGAUUCUUUAUUUUGCAAUCAUUCACUUUGAAGAAAUACCCAGCAGAGCUAUCACUCACAGCAUGGAUUUGUAUAGUGGGAAUUAUUGAGGGUUCAAUUGCAUCACUUAUAUUUGAAAGGGACAUGAGUGUGUGGGUCAUAGGUUGGGACUCAAGGCUUCUUGCUUGUGUUUAUACUGGUGUAAUAUGCUCUGCAAUGGCAUAUUAUGUACAAGGAGUUGUAACAAGAGAACGUGGACCAGUUUUUGUAACUUCUUUCAGUCCAUUAUGCAUGAUUAUCACUGCUGCAUUGGGUUCACUUGUCUUAGCAGAACAAGUUCAUCUUGGAAGUAUAUUUGGAGCUAUACUCAUUGUUGCUGGACUUUACACUGUGGUGUGGGGGAAAAGCAAAGAUCCUCGUGAAGGCACAAAAGAAAUCCAAGACUUGCCAAUUAAGGAUGGUACAAAAUCAGAGACAGACAUUUUUGAUGGAAUUGAGGUUAAUGUUGCAGAUGAAAAGUUGAAAAAAGGAGCAACAAAAAAUGUUCUAACAUAA